CACAAAAAAUUAAGGUUAUCCUAAAAUUUUAACUAAUCUGUAAGGGGGGGCCUUUGUCCCAUACAUUCAACAGGGGGAGGGUCGAACCUACUCUUCAGGCCCUCUCUCAAUCAUCAACGCUUGUUUACAUAUCAUAAAGCUUAUAUUAAUUAGAUUUAGGUUUUAGGAGAUAUAUGUAGAGGUAGGAUAAGAACCCCAGAAGAAACACAAAAGAAAAUCUAAGAAUAGAAAAUUUUAUUUAUUUCGGACGAGGUAAGGAUUAAGGAUGGGCAGCACCGCAAAAGUUGCCAUUCUAAGCGUGACUUUCAUAGCGCUUCUGGCCGCUGUUGUUGCAUUGAUUGUCGUGAUGCACAGACAUUCCGAGGAAAAGGCAGAACAUACCAAACAGGACGAUGACGUAAAGGCCUCCAUUAGAGCGGUUUGCGAGCACACUGAUUACAAGGAAACUUGCGUUCAAAGCCUCUCCAAAACAGGCACCCAUUCUACUGAUCCUUAUGACCACGUAAAGGCCACGUUUGAGAUCACAAUUAAGCAACUUGAGGAUGCUACUAACAACUCCACGCUCAUGAAAGAGAUUCAUGCAGACCCGAGAACCAAUGAUGCUCUCAAGUGUUGCAAGGAGCUUGCAGAUCUUGCUGUUAUGGAUCUAAGAAGAUCUGUCGAUAAAAUGUUAGGUUUUGAUCUUAGUGACGUCGCUCAUUCCCUUGUCCAACUUAAGAUCUGGAUGAGUGGUGCGAUAACUUAUGAACAAACUUGCCUAGACGGGUUUGAAAAGACCGAAGGAGAUUCAGGAGAGAGAAUGAGAAAAUUGUUGAACAUAUCAAUGGAGUUAACUAGCAACUGCCUUGCUAUGAUUACAGAUCUCUCACAGGCGUUUGAAGUAAUCGACACACCCCAGACCAGUAAUCGUCGUUUGCUUCAUCUGUCCAACAACGACCUCAAUCUUCCUGAAUGGGUAGAUGAUAACGACAGGAGUAUGUUACAGAAAGCACCCAAAAAAAUCAAUCCAAACCUGACUGUUGCACAAGAUGGAAGUGGAGAUUUCUUGUCAAUCGCAGAAGCUUUGAAAGUCAUUCCUACUAAAUCAAAGAAAGGGUUUGUGCUCUAUAUCAAACAGGGCGUUUACAAUGAGAUAAUCCGAUUCCCUAAAAACUUGACUCAUCUAGUGCUCAUCGGCGAUGGCCCAGAGAAGACAAAGAUAACAGGAAACUUGAACUACAUAGACGGAGUUUCCACCUUCCACACUGCAACUGUUGCUGUUUCUGGAGACUUUUUCAUUGCCAAAGAUAUUGGAUUUGUGAACACAGCAGGUCCCGAAAAGCAUCAAGCUGUCGCUUUACGUGUUAGUGCUGAUAGAACAAUCUUCUACAACUGCCACAUGCAUGGCUUCCAAGACACCCUCUACGCACACACCUACCGCCAGUUCUACCGCGAUUGCACAGUCUCCGCACAAGGAAGGAAGGAAAUGCGACAGCCAACAGGAUUGGUUCUUCAAAACUGCAGCUUUGUUGCGGAUCCUGGGUAUUUUCCGGUGAGAAUGGAGCUCAAAUCCUACCUUGGACGACCAUGGAAGCAGUAUUCAAGAACCAUUAUAAUGGAAUCCUUCAUUGAUGAUUUGAUCCAGCCUCAAGGGUGGUUGCCAUGGAAUGAAACUUUUGCUUUCGAUACCCUUUAUUACAGCGAGUUUAAUAAUCAUGGACCAGGAUCUAAUAAGUUGCAACGUGUGAAAUGGCCUGGCGUUAAGGAGUUAACUACAAAAAGAGUUAAACGCUUCUUGGCCGGAAAAUUCAUCACCGGUGAUACAUGGAUCCCGCCGACAGGUGUGCCUUACAACUCAGAGUUUAUGUUUGAACCCCCGAAAGAUGAUUCCAAGAAGGAUAAAGAUAAGAAGGAUAAAGAUAAGAAGGAUAAGAAGGAUAAGAAGGAUAAGAAAGAUAAAGAUAAGAAAUCUGAUGGAGAGAAAGGAGACGAUAAUCCAGGUAAAAAGAAAAAGAAGAAACGUAAGAAAGACAAGGGUAGAUCGAUAUCAGAGCCUCCAUCUUCAACCCCAGCACCUUCACCAGCUGAAAUUAGUCCUAGCAACAUACCUAACCAAGCACCCAACAGUGACAUAAGUGCACCAGCUUUAAGCCCUGCAGCACUGUCACCAGAAGCAUCCCCACAAAUCAGAAAAGGAUCUUUUUUCAAUAGAAUUUUUGGAAAGGUUUUAUUAUAA